AUGAGGAAUAUUGGGUUCCACAGUGCUAUUCCGAGACAUCAAAGCAAUCAUGAUGGUUUCCCCGAUUUGCGCAUCCUUGAUCUGUCUCAAAAUAAUUUUACCGGUCAGUUUGCAUUUGAAUUCAUCCUCUCUGGAAAAGCAAUGAGAGGUAUCGAUCUAAACGGGUCGGAGUACCUGUUACAAUAUAGAUUCUUCGUUUAUGAACCCGGACUUGGUGAUAUAGCUAGUUCCAGAUUAGAGUACUCAAUCACGCUGAUGAAUAAAGGUUUGGAGAGAUACUUCCAAAAGAUUCGUGAAGACUUUAUGGCCAUCGAUCUGUCGAGCAAUAGAUUUGAAGGCAAGAUUCCAGAAUUUAUUGGGAACCUAAAGGGGCUUCGCUCACUUAAUGUAUCCAGUAACAUUCUAAGUGGCCGCCUCCCACCAUCCUUGGGAAACUUAACAAAUCUUGAAGCUUUGGACCUUUCACAUAACAACUUCUUGGGUGAGAUCCCUCCAUCACUGUUGCAGCUUUCAUUCCUCCAACAAUUCAGCGUCUCGCACAACAAAUUGCUCACAGGUCGAAUACCGGUUGGAAACCAGUUUAGUACCUUCGGCAUCACUUCAUAUGAGGGAAACCCAGGUUUGUGUGGAUUUCCAUUGCCAAAGAAAUGUUCGCGUUCUGAGGAGGGGCCUGAACAUCCACCUUCAACAGCAGAAGAAGAAGAUGGAGUUGAAUUGGAUUGGAAAUUUGCUGCGGCGGGGUUAGUGAGUGGAUUGGUGGUGGGAGUGGUUCUUGCAGACUUUGUGAUCGCGAGGUUCAGUGAGCGGUUCAUUGAGAUUGUUGCAUUGCUGAUCAGACUGAUGAAAACAUUGAAAAGGAUGAGAAGGCCCAGAAGUUGA